AUGGGUUUUGUUUUCACAAAAUUAACGCGGUACAUUUUGGUUGCGUAUUUGAUUUAUGCGGGUACAAAUUAUUUAUUACGAUACAAAUCUUAUAACAUUUCUCCAAAGUUGUUCAAAUCGAUUGCUGCAAAAGUCGCCGACACAAAACCAAAUGUUCGAAGUGCAAUUUCUGGAGUAACAUCUGGAAUGAGAAAUAGUUAUAAUACAUUGAUCCCAAACACUGUCGAAUGGCAUCCUUUUAUUCUUGGAAACUUGGAAUUGAAUGUAAGUUAUCUAUUUUCAGCGAAUUAAAAAUAUAUUUAUUCUUUCAGAUCUUCCCAAUGCAUUUAUCCCUUACUGAAUUUGCCGUAAUAAUCGGAGCUCCUUUCGAAACAUCUGGAAGAGCUGGAUUCCAUUGGUCAAAUACAACAUGUACAGUUUUAACUGGUUCAGUAUCUCGCGUUCGUGAUUCUGCCGUCCUCGAGGAAACUUCAGCUUUUUCAACUGGCGCCAAUUUCAGACACGGAGAAUUUGAAUCAUACAAUUACAAAUUUGCUCAAGGAACUUAUGUUGCAUGUUACGGUAUGUUGAUUUUCCAAAUAGUUUUACAACAUAAUAUAUUGAAUAAAACCAACUCGGACAGUUUUACAAUGUUAGAAUGAUUUUGGUAAUUUUGGAAUUCAGGUCGUGGCCUAGUUCCGUUGUCUGGUGUUUGGACAACAACAUCUUCUAUUUCUCAUGGCGAACCAUUCGCUGCUGGUCGUCUGAUUCUUACAUUUACACAAUCGAUAUAUGAUCGUGUUGCUCUUUCACUUCUGCAUACUUAUAAUCAUUACAAAUCUCGUGUUACCGGUAAAAACGAAUUGUAA